AUGGCAGACUUCGACCUCAAUUCCCUGCCUUACUAUAACCUGCAGAAAGACCGGAAAGUGGCUUUGGUGACUGGCGGAAAUAGUGGUAUUGGAUGGUUUACAGUACUGCACCUUUACAUGCACGGUUUUGCCGUCUAUGUAGCCGGAAGAAACAGUAGCCGGGUGUCGAGAGCGAUAAAGGACAUUAAGAAAGAGGCCAAGGCCAGAAUCGAAAAACUGGAUCCCAAAGAUCGCCAUUCCGUGGGAGAGCUACGGUUUCUAUCUCUCGACUUGACACAAUUGAAAACGGUUGAGAAGGCGACAAAGAAGUUUCGUAGUUUAGAGGCCUCACUCGAUGUUCUCAUAAACAAUGCAGGUGUCAUGGCCCUUCCAUUCAGCGUAACAGAGGACGGAUUUGAGAUCCAGCUGCAGACAAAUUACAUUGCCCACUUCUUGCUUGCUAUGCAACUUUUGCCUAGCAUCAAACGGUGUCGCGGAAGAGUCAUUUCUGUUUCAUCAAUAGGGCAUAAUCUAGAGUUGUCCUAUUUCAGUUUGGCCCAGAGCUUCAAUUACAAGCCCAAUAUUAUAUUCACUUGGAUGCGCUACGCUAUGGCUAAAACUGCGUCCAUCCAGUUUGCCAAGAUGUUAGCUAUCAAGCACCCGACCGUGCUUUGUAUGUCAGUCCAUCCAGGCCUAGUUAUGAAAACCAAUUUAUUCAGCUACUGGACGCGGCUUCCCAUCGUUGGAAUCUUUUUUUGGUUUUAUUUUCAAUUGGUGGGCUAUUUCUUUGGUGUCUCGAACGAACAGGGCUCUGUGGCCACGCUCAAAGCUGCUUUGUCUACAGAGUUACAGCGCGAGUGGGACAACGGGAAGUACCUAACGACCGGAGGAAAAGAAUCCAAACCAAGCUACGUGGCUAAUAAUCUCGAUAAUGCAGCUUCCACCUGGCUUUGGACCGUUCACGAGCUACGCGAUCGGGGUUAUGAUGUUUGA